CUCGAGACUAAUUCGAAAAAAUGAAAAAUUCAAUUUUCUCGAAUGGCGUGAAGGAACUGAUCAUAAUCUAUCCAACGCUCAUGAUGUUGUACGGUGCAAUUCUGGUUACCUGUAGUUAACUGUUUGGUAGAAUAUCAAAAAACUUGGUAUAAUACAUUGGUACAAUGGAGGCUUUGAAGGAGGAGAUUAAGGCCGAAGCAUAUGCGAUAGAGUCAAAUGUGGAGACGCUGGUCGAAACUACACCAACCUCAUCCUUGAUUUUACCAAUAUUAGUGACUUUGCUGUUAAUCCUUAUUGGUGGCUUUUUGAUGAAAAGACACUCUUUGAUAUCCUCAAACAAAAGAUCUUUUGUUAUAUGCGGUCUUCAAGGUAGCGGUAAAACCAAUCUAUUUCAUCUUUUGACAAAAGGCAAAUUACCUGUUUUAACAGUGAGUACGUUAGAGCCUGGAAAGGGUGAACUCAAGCUAAGCGAAGAAUACAGCAAUCAAAAAACGUUCCAAGACAUAGAGAUACUUGACUUUCCUGCCAAUCCAAAGCUUAAAACACUAUAUUUAACACCACACCUUCAUGCUAACCUCAAUUCAGUUCAGGGGAUAAUUUACAUUAUUGACUCAAGUAAUUUUGACACCAAAAGCUGUCAUCAAGCUGCCGAAGAUCUUUUAGAGCUUAUGAAUAUCACAGAAGGAAAACCUAACGGUGUCGAUAUUCUUGUUUUCGCCAACAAGAACGAUUUGUUUACAAGUAAGAAAAGCUCCAAAAUCAAAGAAAUGCUAGAGGCUGAAGUCAGUAAAAUCUACCAGUUGAAACUACGUGGGCUAAGUAAAGUUGAUCUUGCCGGUAAGGAUGGUGGUGAAGAAGAUAACGAUAAUUUAGAUUUGGCUACAAAAGAUGGGAAGUUUGAGUUCCAACAACUCGAAGGAAACGUUGAUUUUGCACAGGGUAAUAUCUUCAAAGAUAAGUGGAGUAUGAUUGUUGAUUGGAUGUAUGAAAAGAUCGUGAACUGAUUUGAGCAUCUUUACCCCUUUCAUAGCUUUCAGUGUAGAAUACGUCUUAAGUAGGUACAACUGAUUACAUGUAUUAUCAUGAUUCAUGUGUUCGCAAAAGUACGAAAAUAUUAAAGUAUAAAACGCAUCAAGCUUCCCUCCGAGGCGGAGAGCUCUUUUGCAUAAACCGCGUCACCUUGAAGUUUUCCGUGAAGCCAGAGUUUCAUUGAUUGCUAUAGAUGAGAUCUGUAUGCUGCCAAC